AUGGCUCAAAGUCACGUCAGCGGACGGUGCCUCCCAGAAGCGACACUGCAGAACAGCGACCAGGCGCGUAGCUUCGCUGGGGAGGGCAGACGCCAGUGGCUGGAGGGCGGGAAAGUGACACAGGCAAGAAGCACUGUCAGUCCAGGGUCCCAGCUUGCACGGGAAGCUUAUACCCGAGAGCGAGAUCAGAAAGGACCCUACGUGCUGCAGGACCACCUGCUGCAGGACCACCUGCUGCCAGCCCAGCUGCUGCGGCCUUGCUGCUGCCGCCCAACUUGCUGCCAGACCACCUGCUGCAGGACCACCUGCUGCCGGCCCAGCUGCUGCGGCUGUGGACAAGGCGGCUGCGGGUCCAGCUGCUGUGGGUCCUGCUGCUGCCAGCCUUGCUGCUGCCGCCCAACUUGCUGCCACACCACCUGCUGCAGGACCACCUGCUGCCGGCCCAGCUGCUGUGUGUCCAGCUGCUGUCAGCCCAGCUGCUGUGGGACCACCUGCUGCCAGCCCAGCUGCUGCGGGACCACCUGCUGCCGGCCCAGCUGCUGCGGCUGUGGACAAGGCGGCUGCGGGUCCAGCUGCUGUGGGUCCUGCUGCUGCCAGCCUUGCUGCUGCCGCCCAACUUGCUGCCACACCACCUGCUGCAGGACCACCUGCUGCCGGCCCAGCUGCUGUGUGUCCAGCUGCUGUCAGCCCAGCUGCUGUGGGUCCAGCGGCUGCGGACAAACUUGCUGUGGCUCCAGCUGCUGUCAGCCAGCCUGCUGUACCCCUGUGUACUGCAGGAGGACCUGCUACCACCCCACCUGUUGCUGCUUGCCUGGAUGCCUCGCCCAGGGCUGUGGAUCCAGCUGCUGCUAG